UCGGUCCACACGCUUUCUAGAAGUUGCCUGGUAGUUUCCUAUUUAAUGCUAUUCACCUGUUCGCUUAAUUCACACGCAACAAGAUUCUUUUAUUUAUUUAGGGUUCGGAUUUCGUUCUCUCUGCAUCUCUAUCUCUAUAUAUUAAUUAUUAAGCUGCGCGAGAGAGUUAUCAUUAUUCAAGGCGGUAAAAUCCGAUAAAGAUCGUCCAUCUUCUUCUAUUAAUUCAUCAAGAAUCAGUACAAACAUCCUGUAAAAGACGAAGAUCGAAGGUCGGAGACAAAGAAUAAAGAGUUAAAUCUGGUUGAAGAAGAAAGAAGAAAAGAAUCGAGAAUUGAGGCAGUUGUUAAUUAGAUCAAAGAAAAAAUCUAUUGUAAUUUUCAUAUCAGAUUUUGUAUUUGUAAAUUGUAAUGGCUGUUUAUGUGAAAUUCAAAAGUGCAAAGGAUUUCUUCUCUGUUCCUGUGACUAGUGCUUAUACAUCUGUUUCUGAAUUGAAAUCACUUAUUCGUCAUUCCAAAAAAUAUGGUCAUGGCAAAGAUUAUGAUAUUACUAUCACAAAUCCUCUAACAAAUGAAGGGCAAGGAAAUUUCAGGGUACCACCAGAAGGCUACAUAUGUUACAGAUGCCGGGUUCCUGGGCAUUUUAUUCAGCACUGUCCUACCAAUGGUGAUCCUGAAUACGACAUAAAACGACUGAGGCCUCCCACUGGUAUCCCAAAGCUCAAUGGGGCUGCUUUUGAGAAGGAGGUUGAAAGCAUACCCUCUGCUUCAGGGCGAGUUAUGAAUUUUCCUCCACAACUCUACUGCCCAUUGUGUAAAGAAGUGAUGAAAGACGCAGUACUUACAAGAAAGUGCUGUUUUCAGAGUUUCUGCAAUGAAUGUAUCAGAGGCAACAUUAUUUCAAAAUCUAUGUGUAUUUGUGGGGUGAAAAAUAUACCUGUGGAUGACCUCAUUCCUAACAAAACACUUAGGGACACCAUCAACAGCUAUCUCAAAUCAAGUGACAGUAGUGAAGGAAACACGAAAAGCACACUUACUACUGAAGAUACAGGGUCUGCUCGUUCUUCUUCGCUACCAAAAAUCCCAUCACCUGCUGAUUGCGGCGGUUCAAAGACAGAGAAGAUACUAUCAUCUGUUAAAGAAGAAAUUUCUAAUGCCAAGGAGGUAGUUAAUGAAGGAAAUCAUGUUGGGGUGCUACAGCAGUCGCUUGAAAAAGGCAAAUCUGAAGAUGAAGCUCAGUCAUCGAUUCAAAAGGAACAGAGUAGUGCUUCAUUGGUGCAAAAGGAAGUGCAACAGAGGAAGCCUCCUUGUGAUUUAGGAAACAAGAAGAAGAAGGAGAAGAAAAGCUUCUCGAGUCUUGGCGGUAAGCUGCUUGCAGAUGGAGAUUUGUUUCGGGGAACUUCUGAAGCUAUUGCAGCUGAAAAUUAUAUGGGGCCUUUCAGCACUUCUGCAUAUAACAACUCACACUGGGGUAUGCAGUACGGAAUGUAUGGAUAUAUGGCUCCUUACAAUUAUCAUGGUUAUAGUCAUACAGCUGCUCCUUAUGGAGGAAUGUACACUCAGAACCCCUUUGGAGGAGAUCAAGGGUCAUAUGCUCCAUGUGAGAGUGAGCAUAUUAAAAUUAAAGAUCAAGAGUUCAGUAAAGAAGUGAGCAGAAAUGCAGACCGUUCAUCAAUCAAAGCUAACGAAGCUCAGAAGAGGCCUAUGACUAGGAAAUCUCACAGUAAUGAAAAUAUCGAUCAACACACAUCAAGAACAAAACCGAGCAGUCAAGGAAAGCGGAGCAGAGUUACACCAGAGUCGAGCAGCCAAGGAAAGAGGAGCAGAGUUACACCAGACCGUUGUGAUUAUAGUAGUGAUGUUGAUAAUGGCGAUGAUGAGAGGAAUUUUAAGAGAAAUCGGUCUUGGUACUAGUCUUCUUCGUUUUCACAAAAUAAGAGGCAGAGGCCUACAUGAAAAAAGUUCAUUUGAGAGGAUAACAAUCACAACAAAUGAGUAUUGUUAAAUAUGAAUAAGAAUGUUAAACAUGGUCCAGAAGGGCAGAACAAAAUACUCACGGAGAUUGAAGAUCUGUCUCUUUGUCUCCAUGUUUCUCGAAGACAUUUAGUCUUUCACUGUCUUCCAUACUACAUGGAAUUAUGAAAUGAAUGUAAAAAUCCAUGAA